AUGCCAGAAGUCGUCACCAGUCUGGAUGUGCCUUUUCCUGACAGGGAUAUCAAAUCACAAAGAGGGAUGCCGCAGACUGAAGGGCCAAUUUUGAUCGGGCGAUUGUUCCCGGACAUCACUAAAGAAGAGGCGUGUUUAUUGCCAACCAUUGAAUACAUUCCACCAGAUAAUCCCAGCGGCAGGAAUAUGCAAAACCAUCGUAACAGGGUUUACGGGAUUGCACAUCUGAGGCACGUCGCUCUUGUUUGGAUAUUCGUUCCCAAGAAAGAGCGAUGUCUAUUGCUCCCACAAGUGUAUGACAUAGAGGGACGUCCCUAUGAGUAUUACCGGGAGAUAGCUAGAGACGCGUGGCGUAACUCUCCGCAGAGGCUCGAGGUAGAGGGUGCAUUGCGUUCGGUAGAGAGAGAUCCGACUGUUGGACCUUCUUCGACUGUGUCUUCAGCUACAAUUCCCGCUAUGCGUUUAGUUGCUUCAUCGACUACCGUCACGGCCACACCUUCAGCUGCUCCCUCAGCUGUAUCCUCAGCUGUACCUUCGGUUCAAUCCCCAGCAAGAGGAGUCGUCGCACAGACUGCUGCAUCCUUGACAGAGACAGAAGCAGCCAGGGGUCUGACACAGACAGGGGUAGAAACACCCUUCCCUCUACCAGAAGCAGAGCCUCAGCCAGUCGUACCUUCAGCACAGAAAGUGCCAAAGCCAGUGAACAGAGGUCGCGUAGUCGUCACCCUCGAGGAUGAGAGUGACGAUGAAGAAGAUGCUGGGGCUUCAUCUCACGGCCAGCAACUCAUAGUCUCAACACCAACAAAGCGACCGACGGAGGGACCAACAGGUCGACCAGAAAAGCGCGCCAAAAGACGUUCUCCGACCAUCUCGACAUCUGCAGGUUUAUCUUUGCAAUCAUCCUCGCCUGUUCCAUAUGCAGCCUCGCAUAUGAGCUCACCUCUUGCUUCGUCUCGGGGCAGCGGCUACUCGACAGAUGCCACUUCAGUUGAUGGAAGCCCGCAGAGCCAAAAACUACCACCAACUCCGAACCCGCAGAAGGAUGCCGAUGUCGUAAUGUUCGACCAAGACUUCAGAGUAGAAGACUUUUUGACUCCUGAAGAGAUACGAGACAGUAUUGCCUCGAUCGAUGAAGCAACAGCACGGCAGGAAGCAGGGGGCGCGGGACCUGCAAAACCAAGACAUAUAGGCAAGAGAAAGGAGCAGAGAACGUGGGAGAUGGUCGAACGAUCGGUGUUGAUAGGCCUCGUCAAGCUGGGGCAGCAGGAGCUUGAACGAGUGGGAGUAUGGUACGAUACAUUCAUCAACGAUCUGCUGGAGAUCAAAGGCCUGCUGGUAGCAAGACCCGUCGACCACCCGGAUCGGCUGCGUUGGGAUGGGCCCAUCGACCAGCUCAUCAGAAUAUACAUCACUGAGGGUUGA